AUGGAGGAGAUACUGAAGAGGCACAGAAAGGAGGCACGGGACCUGCAGAACCAGAUCACCGGGAUGAAGAAACAGGCGACGAAGUCCACUCGGAAGGAGGUCAACUCUAAAUGUGAACAACUCAAGAGUGAUUUGGACAGGAGACACAGCGAGGAGCUUCGUGAAGUGGACCAAUCGGGAGUCCCUGCAGCGGGAGAAGAACAGAGUACGGACGGCCAGGUGGAUGAAGUUACGCCUGAACAGUUACUGGCACAAUUGAACCUUGAAAACAAGCCCCCCAAGGAGGAGAAGGCCCCCGGUCAGCCCCAAGAGCAGCCCACACGCCGCCGCAGAAACAGACAGAAGGAGAAACUGGCUCGUAGAGAUGCCGAGGUGGAGAAGAUGAAGGAACAGGCGCGGAGAGAGGCAGCCGUGCAACCGGAUUUGGCGAAAUUGGAACGACAAUCGCUCAGCGAAGUGUGCGCCAAGUUACAUCUGCAUCAGUACGACAUCAAACCGGACGGACAUUGUUUGUUUGCAUCUAUUCUAGACCAAUUACAACAGCGGCACCCGGAUACACCGCAGGGAUGGGACGUGUACAAGUUGCGGGCGCUGGCGUGCCAGUACAUUAGGGACCACGCGGACGAUUUUGUACCUUACUUGUUCGAUGAGAAUACAAUGUCCGUCAGAGAUGUAGACGAAUACACUACGGAGAUGGAGACUACAGCAGUGUGGGGUGGUGAAAUUGAGAUUCUGGCCCUAGCAAAGGCUCUCGAUUGUCCCAUUAGCGUGCUGAUUAGUGGCAGCGCUACGCACAGGGUCAAUGAACAAGGUCAACGACCCGAAUUGAAAAUUGUGUACUACAAACACGGUUACUCUCUCGGGGAGCAUUACAACUCGCUAAGAGACGCACCGUUGUGA